AUGGAAAUUUGGAGCUGCUCUGAAACGCCUUCUGGAAUAAUUGUGUUUGACUGGAAUCCAAUUCUUGUGAAGUCCCCAAGGAUGAGAUUCUCUGCCAAAUCAGUGCUACUGUCUCAUUGGCUCCUCCUGGUCUCUGUGCUAAUGGUAUGCAGUAAACUGCUGUCAGCCUCUAGCCACCAUCUCCGGGGACACCCAGGGCACCACCAGGUCAAGCAAGGGACGUGUGAAGUGGUCGCCGUGCACCGCUGCUGCAAUAAGAACAGGAUUGAGGAGCGAUCCCAGACUGUCAAGUGCUCUUGCUUCCCAGGGCAGGUUGCUGGCACCACGAGGGCUCAGCCUUCCUGUGUUGAAGCCUCCAUUGUCCUACAGAAAUGGUGGUGUCAUAUGAACCCAUGCCUGGAUGGAGAGGAUUGUAAGGUGCUUCCAGAUUAUUCUGGUUGGUCUUGCAGCAGUGGCAACAAAGUCAAAACCACCAAGGUCACCCGGUAGCCCAGAAUUAGCUGGGUUUUGUUGUUGGUGAGAAGAACACAUGUGCCAGCAUGCUCACUCAGAUGAUCACAUAGACCUUUUGAGUGAAGAUUCUCUUGGACUUGAGGACUUUGAGUCUCCAAAUGGGCAUCUUGGAUGGCAGCAUCUCCUACCUGUUCCAGCACCACUUGCUUUUUAGGAUGUCUCCUACUUGGGAAUCACACAAAUUUAAGAAAACUGAAUUAACAUAUUCUGGAUUCUCAAGGAUUACAAGUUUUCGAGAAAUCCCCUAAAGUGGGUCAAUCCUAAGAACAUUUGA